AUGUCAGCAACCAUUGAAGUCCCAGCUUCCUAUUCAUCACUGCCCUUCAAGAACAUCACCAUCUCCCACGUCCCAGCAGACUCGCCUUCCGCUACAAAGGUUCUCAUUCUAGCCUUUAACCGUCCUGAUAAGCAUAAUGCUGUCACUGAGAAUCUUCUUGUUGAGCUUGAGACGGCAUAUCGAGUUAUUGAUCAAGACGAGCGAGUUCGGGCUGUUGUUCUGACUGGCGCUGGGAAGGCCUUCUGUGCGGGAGCAGAUCUCCAGGUUGGAUUUUCCGGGCUGAUGGCUCAUAAAGAAAGCGAAGAGUCCAUCGCCAGAUAUAGAGACCAGGGAGGGCGAGUCGCUCUAGCAAUUGCCAACUGCACCAAACCCACCAUUGUUGCCAUUAACGGUCCUGCAGCAGGCUUUGGGCUUACCGUCACCUUCCCCGCUACCAUCCGUGUGGCGUGGUCUGGAGCAAAAGUCGCUCUGCCUUUCGCCCGUUUGGGUCUGAGCCUCGAGUCUUGUAGUGCCUAUUUUCUUCCACGCUUAGUCGGUCUAGCCAAGGCGAUGCAUAUUGUCACAACUGGUGAGACCUAUUUUGCCUCCGACCCACUCGUCAGUCCUUUAUUCUCGAAACUCCUUCCGACACCCGAAGAAACUGUGGCGUAUGCCGUGGAGCUUGCGUCCAAUAUUGGAGAGAAUACCUCCCUCACCAGUACUAAGCUAAUGAGGGAUAUGCUGUUGUAUAAUUCUGAAACUCCAGAAGAAAUGCAUAAGUUGGACUCCAAGGUCUUUAUCUCUCUUGUUGGGUCCCAGGACAAUGUAGCAGGUAUUAAAGGGAUCACGAAGAAACAGCAUCCAGACUUCAGUGGGACUUUUGACCGAAAUGCUGUGCCUUUUUGGCCUUGGUGGGAUGCCGAAAAGGACGAGCAGUCAAGGGCAAAGCUUUGA